AUGGCGGCGGGGGACGGGCCCUUCGCCGGCCUCGUCGCCGCCACCUCCCGGAUUGCUUCCCUCGGCCGCGCGGGCGACGCGGCCUCCGCGUUCGCCGUGUUCGACGCCAUGCCGCGGCGUGACGCCGUGGCCUGGAACGCCAUGCUCACCGCCUACGCGCGCGCCGGGCAGCCGCGCGACGCGCUCGCGCUCUUCUCCCGCGCGCCCGCGCCCGACGCGUUCUCGCUCACCGCUGCGCUCUCCGCGGCCGCGGCACUCCGAAGCCCCACCUCCGGAGCGCAGCUGCACGCCCGCCUCCUCCGAGUCGGCCUGCGGGCGCUGCUCCCAGUGGGCAACGCGCUCAUCGCCAUGUACGCCAAGUGCGCCCGCGCCGAAGACGCCGCGCGCGCCUUCCGGGAGAUGCGCGAGCGCAAUGCGCUGUCCUGGUGCUCGCUCCUGCAUGCCUAUGCCGCCUCAGACCACUUGAGGCUCGCACAGGAACUGUUUGAUGAAAUGCCCAACAGAAAUAAUGUCGCCUGGAACACAUUGCUUAUGGGAUAUUCACGCAGCGGCAAUGCUAACCAGUGCUUGCUUAUCUUCAACAAGAUGCGUAUGGCUGGACUGACUUGUGAUGAUGCAACACUCUGCCUUCUUGUUGAUGUUUGCACCGAGCUGCCCAACCCAUCUGCUGGCUCUGCAAUUCACAAGAUUGUAGUGCAGAGUGGAUGGAAUGCAAUGGCCGAGGUCAGUAACUCCCUGAUUUCCCUGUAUACUAAAUUCAGUUUGCUUGAUGAUGCCGUGCGGAUUUUUGAGUCCAUGGAGGUGCAGACCAUUGUAUCGUGGAAUUCACUGAUUGAUGCUUACAUGAAGCUUGGCUGUGUAGAAAAAGCCACUUCUCUCUUCAGAAGUGUACCUGAGACCAAUGUCAUCUCAUGGACUGCAAUGAUCGGAGGACUUGCAAGGAACGGCUGUGCUGAUGAAGCACUCAUGCUAUUUGUCGAGAUGUUGGCACACCAACACAUCCAUCCGGAUGACUUCACAUUUGGGGCUGUGCUGCAUGCUUGUGCUACUGUGGCAUCUCUAGCAAGUGGAAGGAUGGUCCACUGUAGGGUGUUCCAAAGUGGGUUUGCAUCCUACUUGUACGUGGCCAACAGCUUGAUGGACAUCUUGAAAUCCCAUGAGGUCUGCCCCGAUGAGGUGACAUUUACAGGCUUACUCACAGCCUGUAGCCACUCUGGUCUUCUGGAGCAUGGGAAAACCUUCUUCGAGUCGAUGGUGUCUGUUCAUGGAAUUCAGCCAAAGCCAGAGCAUAUGUCUUGCAUUCUUGACAUGUAUGCGAGAUCAGGGAACAUUACAAAGGCUAUGGAGAUGCUGGAUCGUUAUUCAGAAAUGAUUCAGACACAUAACAGCGACAUACGUGAAGCUCUGCUUAGCGCAUGCUCUUUGGAACACCUGAAUUUCAGUGUUGCAAGGAAGGCAGUGAAAGACAUGGUGGCGACCAAGUCUGCGGGAGACGUGGGUUAUGUCAUGCUGUCCAACUUAUUCUGCGUCACUGGGCAGUGGAACCAGGUUGAGCGGGUGCGAAUAGCAAUGGCUGAGUAUGGCAUCAAGAAAUCACCUGGAUGUAGCUGGAUAGAGGUCCAAGGUGCUGUUAAGGUUUUUGUAUCAGGUGCACAAGAUCUUGAUCAUUCAGGUUCUGUAUGGGAUGUUAUUAGCUUGUUGGAUGGCGAAAUGAGAAAUAUCAUGCAUUUUGAUGUGUAG